CGGGGCCCCCGGCGGGGCACAGGCAUCGGGCCCCCAGGCGGGGCGACAGGGGCCCCCCAGGGGGCGACAGGCAUCGGGCCCCCAGGCAUGGCGGCGGGCGCCAGACCCCCAGGCGGGGAGCAACAGGCAUCGGGCCCCCAGGCGGAGCGGCGGGCGCCGGACCCCCCAGGUGGAGCGACCGGUCUCGGGCCCUCAGGCGGAGCGGCGGGCGCCGGACCCCCAGGUGGAGCGACAGGUCUCGGGCCCUCAGGCGGAGCGGCGGGCGCCGGACCCACAGGCGGAGCGACAGGUUCUCGGGCCCUCAGGCGGAUACGGAGCGACAGGUCUCAGGCCCCCAGGCGGGGGGCGGCGGGCGCCGGACCCCCAGGCGGAGCGGCGGGCGCCCGCCCCCCAGGAUCGGAGCGACCAGGUUCGGGCCCCCAGGCGACAGCGGGGGAGCCGAGUCCCCACAUGGAGCAAGGACAGGUCUCGGGCCCCCAGGCGAAGCGGCGGGCACCG